UUGUUGGAAGCCACUGUGGGAAGCGCCAGCGCCUUCCAAUGUCAAUUAAAUAAGCAAAACGCGAAGAAAAAAAAAGGCGAGCGAAGUGUCUCGUUGCCGCGGAUAAACAUAAACCAGGAAAUAAGGCAUACAACACAACCAACCAACUCAGCAUCAACCACACUCACAUCCGAAUCCAAACGGACGGGAUUGCGGGCAGGAAGAACGUAAACGUAACCAGAGUAGCACCCCCUGAGCGGUGGUAGUCACCAGUUGGAGAUGCCCCAGAUGAGGGCAGCCGCCGCUGAGGCGGUGGCCGCCGGCAGCGCCAACGGGCAGCCGCUGGUCAAGAUCGGACACUACCUACUGGGCGCCACCCUGGGCACCGGCACCUUCGGCAAGGUGAAGAUCGGCGAGCACCAGAUCACCCGCGUCAAGGUUGCCGUCAAGAUACUCAAUCGGCAGAAGAUCAAGAGCUUGGACGUCGUGGGCAAGAUCCGGAGGGAGAUCCAGAACCUGAAGCUCUUCCGCCAUCCGCACAUCAUUAAGUUGUACCAGGUCAUCUCCACGCCUUCCGACAUCUUUAUGAUCAUGGAGUACGUAAGCGGAGGCGAGCUUUUCGACUACAUCGUGAAGCACGGCAAGCUGCAGGAGCACCAGGCGCGCCGCUUCUUCCAGCAGAUUAUCUCGGGCGUGGACUACUGCCAUCGGCACAUGAUCGUGCACCGGGACCUGAAGCCGGAGAACCUGCUGCUCGACCACAACAUGCACGUGAAGAUCGCGGACUUUGGCCUCUCGAACAUGAUGCUGGACGGCGAGUUCCUGCGCACCUCGUGCGGCUCGCCCAACUACGCGGCCCCCGAGGUGAUCUCCGGCAAGCUGUACGCCGGACCCGAGGUGGACAUCUGGUCGUGCGGCGUCAUCCUGUACGCCCUGCUGUGCGGAACACUGCCCUUCGACGACGAGCACGUGCCGACGCUGUUCCGCAAAAUCAAGUCGGGCAUCUUCCCGAUACCCGAGUACCUCAACAAGCAGGUGGUCAACCUGGUGUGCCAAAUGCUGCAGGUGGACCCGCUGAAGCGAGCCAACAUCGAGGAGAUCAAGAAGCACGAGUGGUUCCAGAAGGAUCUGCCGGCCUACCUCUUCCCCUCCUCCAUCGAGCAGGACUCAAAUGUGAUCGACACCUAUGCGGUGGCCGAGGUCUGCACCAAGUUUGGCGUCAAGGAGACCGAGGUGCACAACUCGCUGCUCAGCGGCGAUCCGCAUGACCAGCUGGCCAUCGCCUACCAUCUGAUUAUCGACAACAAGCGCUUCGCCGACGACGCGGCCAACCAGAUAAAUGAGAUCAACAACUUCUUUGUGGCCGGUUCGCCGCCACCGCCGCCUCCGCCGCCCGUUCCCCAGUCGAUGAUGGACCACCAGGCCCCGCUGGCCACCGUGACCGUUGGCGGAGGCACUGCAGCCAGCUCGGGUACGGCCACGCCCGUACCGCCGGCUUCUGGCGGCACGCCCAGCAGCACCAUUCGGCCGCAUCCGGAGCGGAUUGCGCCGAUGCGGGACCGCCAGCUGGCCAUGUCCGUGCAGAACUCUGGCGGCGGAGCGUUCCCCGAGAAAACCGCGCGCGGCGGCACGCCCAUCAAGCGCGCCAAGUGGCACCUCGGCAUCCGAUCGCAGAGCAAGCCCAACGACAUCAUGCUGGAGGUGUACCGGGCAAUGAAAGCCCUCAGCUACGAGUGGAAGAUCAUCAAUCCGUACCACGUGCGGGUGCGACGGCAGAACGUCAAGACGGGCAAGUUCUCGAAGAUGUCGCUGCAGCUGUACCAGGUGGACGCCAAGAGCUACCUACUGGACUUCAAGUCGCUGACCAACGACGAGGUCGAGCAGGGCGACGACGUCAUCAUGGAGAGCCUCACCCCGCCGCCACUGAGCGUUUCCGGGGUAAUGCCGCUGCAGCCGACCGGCCACCACACCAUGGAGUUCUUCGAGAUGUGCGCUGCCCUGAUCAUUCAGCUGGCGCGCUGAGGAGGAGGACGAGAAGGAGGUGACCGCCGUCGGCCGCAGCGGAUUCAAUGGGAUCUUCUCAGUUGGCGGUCUGCACUCGGACCGCCCUGAGGAUUGACCAUGACCCGGAAGACACAGUCCCACAAAAGAAAGCUGCAGAGGCUUGGAGUUCGGAGUUCCACAAAUCAUUCGUGGGUCUUAAGCACUUGACUGAUGCGAUCACUGCUGAUUUCAAUUGGAAUCUAAAUUAAAAAAAAAGACAAAUUUCGAUUCCGAUUCGGAAUAUGCCUUUUGUCCGAUUUUCGUACCACUUUGAAUUAAAUUAGAUCAAACCUUUGCAUGCACAAGUAGUCCGGUUGCCGUUCUUAGGGUAAAUUUGGAAAACAAAUUCCAAUCGCUUUUGAAUAAAGUCAACGAUUGUAGUUUUUUCGGAAUGUUGUCAGCAAGGCUGAAUUUCUUUAUAACCUUGAACAUUAAGCGAACGAUUAAUCGGCUUUCUAACUCUGACUCCAGCUUUCCUUUGUGCGGCUGUGUAAUCUUAAUAAAAUGUUUUUUAUUACGAACGCCCGCCAGCCAUUACCGCUACCCUAUCGUUACCCGCUAUGCCGUGUCCAUUUCCGCUUCCGGUUAGUCUAAGUUUGUAGGUUUCGCCCCGCACCGCACGACCGGCGGGCUUCGAUCUGUUUAUAUUUCGAUUUCUGUUUAUAUUUACGUGUUGAGUUAUUAUUUUACCCAAAUCCAAACCGUAUGUUUACGUAUAUUUGUAUUAUGUCCAACGAAUUGUAAUCUGAGCCUUGUCUGGGGGGAUGUUAGAUUGUAACCAGCUUGGGGCGAGCGAUUUUUAUGUAUCUGUGUAAACUGUGUAAAGCUACAAUAAAGCGAUCCACUAAUAUUCUAAACCAA